UGUCUGUUGAUUUUUUUAAUGUUACUUGGCGAAUGUCUUCGGGGUCUGUUUAUUCAACAAUCAAACCCACCUUCAGUCGACCAUCAUAUAGAAUUUUAUCAAAUAUGCAAAUUAGAUCAAAGUGAUUAAAAGAAUAUAUCUGGGCUCUGUGAAUGGAAUACACAGUCCUUAAUCGUCUUACACGAUCGCCAGCGUUAGAGAUUUGCUGCUAAUGCGUAAACUGCAGAGAAAGGAUUUAUACCGAUCCAGGGUCCUAAAGGACACAACAAUGGAUUAAAGGUGCAGUGAAACGGCAAUGAAAAAUUAGAGAGUGAAUUUUCGGAGGUAUCGAAAAGAAUUUCUGCAUUUGGAAGAUAUUUUUGUACAUGGCUACGGAAAUUGCUAAUGUUCCGAUAAAAACGACCAUGGAAAUUCCGGAACAGAUUCCGCCCGGAAACUGGAUGGCCCGGCAGUUACGGAUGCUGAAUGAUAGCAGCGAGGGACUGCUUCCCCCGUCCGCCGGCUCCAAACGCUCGUGGGAUAAAUACAACACCGUCACCCACAAAGAUUACCUGGGCCCCAGGGAAUUCACUUUGGAGGAACCCAACUAUGAGGUGGAGCCAUUUCAGAAGAAGAGGGAGACGGUGGCAGACAUCAUGUUGGCCCCAAACAACCGCCAGACAUUCAACAACUGGCAGAUGCCUUCCCGUUUCACGUCAAUGGACGAUAAAGUCGAACACUAUGAUCCACCUCUUCAUCUCAAGACUGAGGAACCAGUAGUAGGCGGGUUGGAAACAGUUGAAGAGGAGGUCCAGGCUCUCACCAUCUCCCCGACACCUAAAGCUCCGUCCCCCAUUAAACGAACUCUGACCAGUUUACAAGGACCACAGAAAAUCAAUCGACAAAAUUCGCUUCCUGAACUUAGAUUAAGAUCAUGUAGUCCUAGAAAGGAUCCAAGUGGUGGGGUGAAAUCGCCCACUAAACUCGGUGACGUCACAAGAUCUAGUCCAAUGAUGAGAAGCAAGACCGACAUGCAUCACCGGGUGCCAAUGGUGGCCCGAAGCAUGACCAAUCUCGGCGGUGCAUCAGCGCAGGAGGAAUUCACAUUACGCGAGGAAUUCAGACACUCUCUUCAGCCCCAUGUUCUAGAUAAAGCAGAGCAGUGGAUGAAACUGGCGCCAAAUGCGGAUAGAAAAGUCAUUGAAAAGGUUUUACGAAUGGCAGAUAAAAGACAAAAAUUAGGAGGAACUCUAAAUAAAAGUUUACAACCUGACGCCAAAGAGGUGGUCGAUAAAUGGCUCUUUGGUGCCAGUGAAGCAGAGAGACAAGUAGCUCUUAGAUUCUUUAACUCUCUGGCUGGUGAGAAGUUGAUGGGGAAGGGCAUCAAUGAUCAGAAAAAGCGACUGGAGCAAGUUAUCAAUGCUUUAGAGAAUGAGGAGGGAACUAUUCCACUUUUGUUACGUGGAAAAGGAAAUGGUCUAUAUACUGACACCAGUAGAUUUAACAUAAAAGGACGGACCCUGGGCCAGAAACAAUCCCGCUUCAACCACCUCCGUUUGCUGUCCCCUGGCACACGUAAGGAACGAUGGAUGCACACCACCUGGCACCAUCUCCCCGAGUACAGAAAUGAUGACCCCGUGGAGAACUGGAGUUCUCACUAUAUCCGACCUCAUGCCGUCAUCCCACGCCAUUUUGUCAUCCAUCCUGACUGGGGAUAAUCCAUUGUUUACUUCUACAGUUUAUUACUGUAUUUCUUUCUGUACUUUUGUUGAACAGACUGUGAUAUUUUUAUUACUAAACUUUUUUGGUAACAACAUUUUGUGUAUAUUUUCUUACUGUUGUGAUAUUAAAUUUAUGAUUUCUUCA